AUGGCUCACCUCCUCCCAGCCCUCUUCCGCCUCCUCUCAUGUCUCAGAGCCUUGAAACAGCGGCAGGUAGAACCGCGCCCGUGCCUGUCGGGAAGGCCGCCACGCUCUGCCCUCCUAUCGAGGGCGGAAUAUCCCCUCUUUGAUGGUGAUGACACGUUCAGGCAAGUCCUGCAGAACAUACGACGUUCCGUUUCCCGAGACGCCUGCGGUCUCAAGCCGCAGCGUGGCCUCGCCGCCGACGACAUAGCUGAUGAGCCCUGGGCGUACGAGCGUAACGGCACGGUAGAGGAGGGAAGGCUACACGGCUGA